GGCGGCGGCCGCGGCGGCCCGGCUCGGUGGUGGCGGCAUGGCGGGCGGCGGGGGGCCGGCCUUCGGGCCCUCGGCCCUGGGCACCAGGCCGCACUGGGAUGCUGCGUACGACAGAGAGCUGCGGUUUUUUCAGGACACUGGAGACGCCGGGGAAAUUUGGUUUGGAGAAGAAAGCAUGGUUCGCAUAAUCAGAUGGUUGGAAAAACAGAAGGUCCCCCAUGACAGCUCUGUGCUUGACAUUGGAACUGGGAAUGGUGUUUUACUGAUUGAGUUGGCAAAAACUGGCUACACUAACCUCACCGGGAUUGAUUACUCACCUUCUGCAAUAAAACUUUCAGAAAAAGUAAGGGAGAAGGAAGGGAUGUCUAACAUUAAAUUACAGGUGGAAGACUUCCUGGCUCCAUCAGCUGAGCUGUCAGGAUUUCAGAUCUGUAUUGACAAGGGGACUUUUGAUGCCAUAAGCCUUAAUCCUGAUAACGCGGUUGGGAAGAGGAAGCAGUACGUGAGAUCUCUCCGCAGCGUAUUGAAACCAGAGGGCUUCUUCCUCAUAACGUCUUGCAACUGGACCAAGGAGGAGCUGUUGGAUGAGUUCAGAGAAGGAUUUGAAAUUCUGGAGGAGCUGCCAACACCCAAGUUUUGCUUUGGAGGAAGAAUUGGAAACAGCGUAACAGCAUUGGUUUUCCAAAGAAAAAAGUGAGGCCAUCCAUCUUGGGCAAAUUAGAUUAGCUGAGAAAAGUCUGAACUUUAAAGUAAACCUGACAAAAACCC